AUGCGCGAACUAAGCGGCGUGGACGACGCCGUCAGGGACCGCAAGCGGCUCGGCGUGGACGUCGAGGAGGACAAGGGCAAGUUCCGCGCCUCCUGCACGUUUAUGGGCGACCGCGGCGCCAUCACGAGCGUUGGGCCGUGGCGCAAGGCGAGCGAGAAGGCCCGGCAGGACGGUGAGGAGCUGGAGGCGGCGUUCCGCAGCGGCGGCGAGUCCGCGGUGCAGGCCGCCAAGGUUGCGCUGCUGAGGCGCGCGGCGCAAGAGGGUGGCCGCGAGGAGUACAAGCCAGAAAACGACCUGAAGCCCAACGACACCAGGUUCCCGUACCCAACUGAGAUCGAAGGACCGUCCAAGGUCUCGAGCAGCCUUGGCGGCUAUCGGGCCGUCUGCACGUUCCCGAACGCGGCCAGGCCGACCUACGAGGGCGCCAAGCCGCGGAAGCCCAUCCCCGUGAAGUGCCCGUGGCGGCUGGGCCCGCGCGCGCGCGCCGCCGCGGAGGCGGACGCCAAGGUGUUGAACGACGCGUUCAGUGCGAAUGGUGACUCUGCGAUGCAGGAGGCAAAGCGGACCAUGUUCAAGACCGCGGACGCCGACGCCACGGCUGCUCGGAUGGGACGCGGGAAGGACGACACGCUGCAGAAUAUAUGCGCGAG